UGCCCAUAUCACUUUCACUUCAUGUAUACACCGCAAUCAUGAUAUUAAACCAAAUUUCAUAUCUGGAUUGCAUAGCGUUCCUCAUCUUCCUUGCACCUCAAUUGCUCAUCAGAGUUGGACUAAUAGAAACUGUCUCUUGCGUGGUAACAGCAUUGCCAUUCUUUUUAUUCCAACUCCCCUACCAAUUUAUCAGAGAGCGUUUCCACACACCCCAAUCCCAAAAAUCCCUUUUCAACCAACACGCCACUCCCUUUCAAGAUUUCGUCAUCCGCUGCGUUCGCUAUGCUUUCGCCAACAUCCCAGCCAAGAUUGGCAAAGUGUUCUUUUCAAAGGGCGUCGCAUUGCCCUUUUUCUGGUUCCGCAUGUUGAGGCAUGGAUACACGAAAUCUGCUAUUCCGUGGAAAGAGGUUAAGAAGGAUGGGUUGCAUGGUAUUUGGAUGAUUUGUGAUGAAGAGAAGAAACCGGAUGUUGUGGUUUAUUAUUGUCACGGUGGUGGAUUUUCCAUGGGCAGCAGUUUCUUCUAUCUUGAGUUUCUGCUUGCAUGGGUCAGCAUUCUCAAAGAAUCUGGGUACUCCAAUCCAGCUCUUUUUGCUCUGGAGUACACUCUGGUCCCGGAAUCCACCUACCCAACUCAAGUCCACGAAACCCUUCUCGGCUACGAAUACGUUCUGUCCAAAAUCGAGGAUUCGUCAAGGAUAGUCGUAAGCGGCGACUCGGCAGGUGCAACACUAAUGCUAAGUCUAUUACUCUACAUGUCUCAAGAGCCAAAGCUCAGGACCCAACUACCAGGCCUAGGGAUCAUGAUCUCACCCUGGGCCGUCAUCGUAUCGCCAAAGAAUAAAGAUACACCUAGCGACUACCUCAACGCCGACUCCCUCCAUCUCUACGGGAGCCAAUACAUCGGCACUAAAGCCUCUGCCGACGACUCUUUGGUCUCGCCAGGAAAAUGCAGAGAUAGAGAGUGGUGGAGACGAGCAUCGCCUAGUAAAGGCUGGUUCUUUAUUUAUGGUGCUGAAGAGGUGUUUGCACCCGAGACUAGAGAGUUGGUGGACUUCCUCACGGAGGAGGUCAAGACGGAAGUGAGUGUGCACGAGGAGAAAGGAUGGAUUCAUGCAUGGCCUGUGGUAAAGCUUUUCCUAUGCGAUGGGCAGAAAGAGAGACAAAGUGGGCUUAGAAGUAUGACCAAGGUUAUGCGGAAUAGACUGAAGUAGAGCGCGAUAUAUAGAGAUGAAUAUAUAGAUACGAAUAUACCUCCUGGAAUGUUUGGUCUCU